UUAAUUUUAUUUUUCAGACACCUCUCAUUGACUCUCACAUCCCACAUCGUCCCUCUAAAACCAUUACACAGGUUCCUUCAGAAAAGAUCCUCAGAGCUGGAAAGAUUUUGCGGAAUACAAUUCUGUCCCGAGCCCCUCACAUGAUAAGAGAUCGUAAAUAUCAUCUGAAGACUUACAGGCAAUGCUGUGUGGGGACAGAACUUGUUGACUGGAUGAUGCAGCAAAGUACUUGUGUCCAUUCACGAAGUCAGGCUGUUGGCAUGUGGCAAGUAUUGCUGGAAGAAGGCGUCCUUAACCAUGUGGACCAGGAACACCACUUUCAGGACAAAUACUUAUUUUAUCGAUUUUUGGAUGAUGAGCGUGAAGAUGCCCCUUUGCCAACAGAGGAAGAGAAAAAGGAGUGUGAUGAGGAGCUACAGGACACUAUGCUGCUUCUGUCUCAGAUUGGGCCGGAUGCUCAUAUGAGGAUGAUUCUCAGAAAGCCGCCUGGCCAGAGAAGUAUAGAUGAUUUAGAAAUUAUAUAUGAAGAACUUCUUCACAUUAAAGCCUUAUCUCAUCUUUCUACCACAGUAAAGCGAGAAUUAGCAGGUGUCCUCAUUUUUGAGUCGCAUCCCAAAGCUGGAACAGUCUUAUUUAAUCAGGGAGAAGAAGGUACUUCUUGGUACAUUAUCCUAAAGGGAUCUGUAAACGUAGUCAUUUAUGGCAAGGGUGUGGUAUGUACUCUACAUGAAGGAGAUGAUUUUGGCAAGCUAGCACUUGUGAAUGAUGCUCCCAGAGCAGCAUCUAUUGUUUUACGUGAAGACAACUGCCACUUCUUGAGAGUAGACAAAGAGGACUUCAACAGGAUCCUUAGGGAUGUGGAAGCAAAUACUGUAAGGCUCAAAGAACAUGACCAGGAUGUCUUGGUGUUGGAGAAGAUCCCAGCAGGAAACAGAGUUUCUAAUCAAGGAAAUUCACAGCCUCAGCACAAAUAUAUUGUGAUGUCAGGAACUCCAGAGAAAAUUUUAGAGCACUUUCUAGAAACUAUGCGCCUUGAAGCAACUUUAAAUGAAGCAACAGAUUCUGUUUUAAAUGAUUUUAUUAUGAUGCACUGUGUUUUUAUGCCAAAUAGUCAGCUCUGCCCAGCCUUGAUGGCACAUUAUCAUGCCCAGCCUUCCCAGGGUACAGAGCAAGAGAAAAUGGAUUAUUCUCUCAACAACAAAAGGCGAGUCAUUCGACUGGUUCUUCAGUGGGCUGCUUUAUAUGGAGAUUUGCUACAAGAGGAUGAAGCAGCAAUGGCCUUUUUGGAGGAAUUUUAUGUAUCUGUGUCAGAUGAUACUAGAAUGAUUGCAGCACUAAAGGAGCAACUUCCAGAGCUAGAGAAAAUUGUAAAGCAAGUAGCUGAGGAACCUAAAGCACCACAAAAGAAGCACAAAGUUCUUCUGCAAUUGUUUAAUACAAGUGAUGACAGAGCACAGAAACGCCAACCUAUCAGGGGCAGCGAUGAAGGUGAGUUCCUUCUCUGAAGUGUCGUCUUGAGCCACUGGGAUUUGCAGUAAAGUUGUUGCUCUGAAAGCAAAUGGUCUAAAAAUAAACAAAAUUACUAACAGUUUGGAAGCCUGACCUGAAGCAAACUUUGCAUUUUCUGAACCAACAUUCUCCAUCAUUGCCUUGAAAUACUCCUGGUCUUUUCCCAUCUGCAUGCUAUAAAGCACUGUGCUUCCUCAGAGGAAGAAUGUAGCAACCUUUAAAACAGGGAAUGGUCAAAACAGGCAAGAACCAGUACAGAAAGUGUCCAUGCAGGUAGUGUCAGUGCAAUAAAUAUUCGGUGCUGAAGGUCAUGUUUGAGUCCCUUUCUCUUCUGUAUAGUUUGAGCUAAUAUGUACAGCUGUUUCACCAGAAAUGCUCCUUUGUGAGAGGUGAAUGGAGCAAAUAAUCAUUCCCUGGAGCUCUGCCGUGUGGCACACAGCCUAGAAAACAGAAUCUGCUCUUUUGCCCUAUUGGUAUUGUUUGACUCUGUGGAGAGAUCAAGGUAAAAUUUACAGCAGUGUGUUAGACUAUCAUUUUCAGUUGUACUGGCUUUUCAUGUUGUCAUUCACUUUAGGCAGGAAAAAGAACUUCUAUAUAACAACAUCCUGAGACAUGUUCAGUGUAAACCAAAAUAUACGUUCUUCAAAACUGAUAUUUCUGGGGAUUUCUUUGCAACAGCCUGGGCCAGUCCCUCAAUGGUUCUGGUGCAUCUUCAUCACAAAAAAUACCUUCUGGUUCAGAACAUUUGAACUUAAGGGGUAGCUCUUGCUACUGCAUAAUGGUAAAAAUAAGAGAACAAAAUGCAAAGUCAUUUAUCUGAGAAAGCCAGUGGCAUAUCAAAAGCAGGAGGUAACUAUAUGAACAGCAGAAAUCCUGCCAUGCAUCCAGUUCCUGUUGUUCAUCUCUGUGUUUCUUCUAUGUCUACAAAGAGCAAAAUGAUUGCUACAGCCCUGAAAGUACUACUUCUCCUGUCUGUAUGGACAGAAAUUAACUGCUGCUUUCAUAGGACUGUACCUUUCCCAUUCGUAGUGCUGGCAGCAAACCGAGCCUUGAAAAUAUGUAGACAACCAUAACCCCUGAGACUGCUUAGCUUGGCUUGACAGCUCAGCUGAGGGAGUAUUUUGCUAACUCCUUGUGUCUUAAAUUCAUGUCACGGCAUGCUGCCUUACUUUUUUCAGCCUAAUGUUCUAUUGUAUUGAUUCCUAGGUUUGUAUAUAAGUGUGUGAGCCAACGUGUAUUGUACACUCAAGUUCUAGGGAAUUUUUCUUCAUUGUCUACAGUAUUCCUGAGUCAGCAACAUACUUGCCUGUAAGAAAAUGACUGCAGUACGGUUUUAGUUCUGGUUGUAACCUAACUGUAUUUUCAAACCUAUUUUGUGAAAUGAAAAGUAUUUUCCUGUAAU